UCACGAUUAACCGAAGCUUCCGGGCCGCCGCCAUCUUUGUCGGGGGCAGCUGAGGAGCUUCCGCUUCCGCCGGCAAUGGCCGCCAUCUUUGUCGGGGGCGCCUGGCGGCCGAGGCCGGGCCCGGCGAUGGAGUUCCCCGGCGGUGGCGGCGACACCUUCCUCACCAUCAGUGACUCCGGUCAUCCAUUCCUCAGCGGUGCCGAGACGUUCCACACGCCCAGCCUGGGAGACGAGGAGUUUGAGAUCCCCCCCAUCUCCCUGCCGCUGGAGACCGACGCUGAUGUAACCUGUCACUUUGACCUGAACGACAGCAACACGCCACAUGACAAUGGCUUCCCCAGCCAGUUCAGCACCGCCACCCUGGAGCUGUCCAUGCCCCUUGCCCAGUCCCUGCCUCUAUCCCAGGGGGUCAUGGAGGCAGGGGGCAGUCUGAUCAGCAGCAUCAACAUGGUGAGUGCCCCUCGCGGACGUGGGCCCGCUGGUGCUGCCGCGGUCAAGCUGUCAAACGCCUCAUCGCAGUAUGGACAGUCGUAG